GGCAAAGUCUCAAGGCAGAGUCUGAGCCCCAUUCCGCACCCCACCCUCUGUCUGGUACAGCCAACCAAACCAAAGUGCCCCAAGCCGUGACAUCCCGUCCGGCAGCUCCCAGGCCCCCGCCCUCCGCACGUCACGGCCGCCGGGUGCAGUGCCCCCUAGGGGUCCCUGCGGACGAGGAGGAAGCGCCAGGUUCUUCCAGCCGCCGCCUGCUCGCCUGGCACGCGCCUCGCCGCCCUCGGCAGCCGCAGUUCCGUGUCCCCUGAGGACCCGCAGCCUCGCGCCAUGGGCACGCGCCUGCCGCUCGUCCUGCGCCAGCUCCGCCGCCCGCCCCAUCCCCCGGGCCCGCCGCUCCGCCUCCGUGUGCCCUGUCGCGCCAGCAGCGGCGGCGGCAGCGGUGGCCGGGAGGACCUGCUCGGACAGCGGCGGCUGCUGGAUGGCCAGGCCCGGAGCAGCCGCAGCCCCGGCGGCCGAACGCCCGCGGCGCGGGACUCGAUCGUCAGAGAAGUCAUUCAGAAUUCAAAAGAAGUUCUAAGUUUAUUGCAAGAAAAAAACCCUGCCUUCAAGCCGGUUCUUGCAAUUAUCCAGGCAGGUGACGACAACUUGAUGCAGGAAAUCAACCAGAAUUUGGCUGAGGAGACUGGUCUGAACAUCACUCACAUUUGCCUCCCUCCAGAUAGCAGUGAAGCCGAGAUUAUAGAUGAAAUCUUAAAGAUUAAUGAAGAUACCAGAGUACAUGGCCUUGCCCUUCAGAUCUCUGAGAACUUGUUUAGCAACAAAGUCCUCAAUGCCUUGAAACCAGAAAAAGAUGUGGAUGGAGUAACAGACAUAAACCUGGGGAAGCUGGUGCGAGGGGAUGCCCAUGAAUGUUUUGUUUCACCUGUUGCCAAAGCUGUAACUGAACUUCUUGAAAAAUCAGGUGUCAACCUAGAUGGAAAGAAGAUUUUGGUAGUAGGGGCCCAUGGGUCUUUGGAAGCUGCUCUACAAUGCCUGUUCCAGAGAAAAGGGUCCAUGACAAUGAGUUCCCAGUGGAAAACACCCCAGCUUCAAAGGAAGCUUCACGAGGCUGACAUUGUGGUCCUAGGCUCACGUAAGCCAGAAGAGAUUCCCCUUACUUGGAUACAACCAGGAAUUACUGUUCUCAACUGCUCCCAUGACUUCCUGUCAGGGAAAGUUGGGUGUGGCUCUCCGAGAAUACAUUUUGGUGGACUCAUUGAGGAAGAUGAUGUGAGUCUCCUUGCUGCAGCUCUGCGAAUUCAGAAUAUGGUCAGUAGUGGAAGGAGAUGGCUUCGUGAACAGCAGCACAGGCGGUGGAGACUUCACUGCUUGAAACUUCAGCCUCUCUCCCCUGUGCCAAGUGACAUUGAGAUUUCAAGAGGACAAACUCCAAAAGCUGUGGAUGUCCUUGCCAAGGAGAUUGGAUUGCUUGCAGAUGAAAUUGAAAUCUAUGGCAAAAGCAAAGCCAAAGUACGUUUGUCCGUGCUAGAAAGGUUAAAGAAUCAAGCAGAUGGGAAAUACGUCUUAGUUGCUGGGAUUACACCCACCCCUCUUGGAGAAGGGAAGAGCACAGUUACUAUUGGGCUUGUGCAGGCGCUGACUGCACACCUGAAUGUCAACUCCUUUGCCUGUCUGAGGCAGCCUUCCCAAGGACCAACGUUUGGAGUGAAAGGAGGAGCCGCGGGUGGUGGAUACGCCCAGGUCAUCCCCAUGGAGGAGUUCAACCUUCACUUGACUGGAGACAUCCACGCCAUCACUGCUGCCAAUAACUUGCUGGCUGCCGCCAUCGACACGAGGAUUCUUCAUGAAAACACACAAACAGAUAAGGCUCUGUAUAAUCGACUGGUUCCUUUAGUGAAUGGUGUCAGAGAAUUUUCAGAAAUUCAACUUGCUCGGCUGAAAAAACUGGGAAUAAAUAAGACUGAUCCGAGCACACUGACAGAAGAGGAAGUGAGUAAAUUUGCCCGUCUCGACAUCAACCCGUCUACCAUCACGUGGCAGAGAGUACUGGAUACAAACGACCGAUUUCUACGAAAAAUAACCAUCGGGCAGGGAAACACAGAGAAGGGCUAUUUCCGGCAGGCGCAGUUUGACAUCGCAGUGGCCAGCGAGAUCAUGGCGGUGCUGGCCCUGACGGACAGCCUCGCGGACAUGAAGGCACGGCUGGGAAGGAUGGUGGUGGCCAGUGACAAAAGUGGGCAGCCUGUGACAGCAGAUGAUUUGGUGAGUGUUUCCAACCCGGAAGCUUCAGGGAGUGGGCAGUCCUCGUUCUUUGUUACCAGAAAAAGAAAGGCUUUCUUCCUUUUCUCAGUGGGUGUAAUGAAGAUACAGAAAAAGUUUCUACACACAUUUCUUUCCUCACAAGCAUGUUUGUCUGACCGCUUCCUAAUGUUCUCAUACCUGAAGGUGUCCCCUGAGCUGAGGAAGGGAGGACUGAACACCUUUGAACAGGUGUCUGCAGCCCCGGGGGAGGGGUGCAGGAUGCGUAGGUGCCAAGGCCACGCCGUCCUGCAGCAGGUUGUCCUUCCCGUCUUUCCUCUCCCCGAUCCUUCUGCCAGCAGGCACGUGUCCUCAAAGGGGACACCUGUGUUCGUGCAUGCGGGCCCUUUUGCUAACAUUGCUCACGGCAACUCUUCAGUGUUGGCUGAUAAAAUUGCCCUGAAACUGGUUGGUGAAGAAGGAUUUGUAGUGACCGAAGCUGGCUUUGGUGCUGACAUCGGAAUGGAGAAAUUCUUCAACAUCAAGUGCCGAACUUCCGGCUUGGUGCCCAACGUGGUUGUGUUGGUGGCAACGGUGCGAGCUCUGAAGAUGCAUGGAGGCGGGCCAAGUGUAACCGCUGGUGUUCCUCUUAAGAAAGAAUAUACAGAGGAGAACAUCCAGCUGGUGGCAGAUGGCUGCUGUAACCUCCAAAAGCAAAUUCAGAUCGCUCAGCUCUUUGGGGUUCCUGUUGUGGUGGCUCUGAAUGUCUUCAAGUAUUUAGAGCGAAUUUAUAAUAUGGGUUCGUUUUCUUUCAAAAAUCGUAAUGGAAAGUGCAACCCAAACCUUUCUCUGACAGGACCGCCUCGCGUGAGAUUGGACUUGGUGUGGGCUUGCAAAGCGGGCUGGUGCCUUUGUGCUCCUGCUAUCCUGGUCGAGUUGGUGGACAAGGUCGGUGGACCUGGCUGGGCUGUGAGAGGGCUGCGAGAAAAGAGCCGGAUUCCAGUUUCCUGUAUGAUGUUUCAGUUUGUGUUUCUCCAGCUUCCAGUUGUGGACAAGAUAAGAACCAUUGCCCAGGCUGUCUAUGGAGCCAAAGAUAUUGAACUCUCUCCUGAGGCACAAGCCAAAAUAGAUCGUUACACUCAACAGGGUUUUGGAAAUUUGCCCAUCUGCAUGGCAAAGACCCACCUUUCUCUGUCUCACGAACCUGACAAAAAAGGUGUGCCGAGGGACUUCAUCUUACCUAUCAGUGAUGUCCGGGCCAGCAUAGGCGCUGGGUUCAUUUACCCUUUGGUCGGAACGAUGAGCACCAUGCCAGGACUGCCCACCCGGCCCUGCUUUUAUGACAUAGAUCUUGAUACCGAAACAGAACAAGUUAAAGGCUUGUUCUAAGUGGACAAGGCUCUCACAGGACCCGAUGCAGACUCCUGAAACAGACUACUCUUUGCCUUUUUGCUGCAGUUGGAGAAGAAACUGAAUUUGAAAAAUGUCUGUUAUGCAAUGCUGGAGACACAGUGAAAUAGGCCAAAGAUUUCUUCUUGGUUCAAGAUGAAUUCUGUUCGCAGCGGAGUGUGGCAUUCAGCAAAAGGACCUCCACCAAGACUGAAAGAAACUAAUUUAUUUCUGUUUCUGUAGAGUUUACAUUAUUUCUACUGCUUACACUUUAGAAUGUUUAUUUUAUGGGGACUAAGGGAUUAAAGGAGUGUGAACUAAAAGGUAACAUUUUCCACUCUCAAGUUUUCUACUUUGUCUUUGAACUGAAAAUAAACAUGGAUCUAGAAAA